AUGGCAUUCGACAAUCUCUUCCGCAAGGCUUUCUGGGGCCUGGCGGCAUGUGGUCUGAUAUAUGCCCUGGCGAUGGGUAGCUUGACCAUCCCAGUCGUCCAGCGGAACGUGACAUAUGUUCACAACCUCAAUCCUACUUACUGGCAGGACCUCAACAACACCGAGCAGUUUGGCUUCAUCCAUCAUCAGAUUCAGCCUUUCACUGUCACUACCUCGGACAACGUCACCCUCUUCGCCUGGCAUAUUCUGCCUACUCAUCUGUACUACAAGCACGAACGCGCUUUAAAAGCUCAGCCCGAUUUUGGCUUGAAGCCUUUCCAGGCCGCCUCCAAGAGUGUGGGCUUGCAACUACUCCUGAAAGACCCACAUGCGACCGCCGUGGUGGCCUUCCAUGGGAACGCCGCACACCUUGCUUCUAACUAUCGCCCAAGCGCAUAUCAACAGAUGCUCGGAGUGUCAACGCCAGAGAAACCGGUGCAUGUCAUUGCCUUCGACUAUCGGGGAUUUGGGCUUAGCACAGGAAGUCCCACAGAGACCGGUGUCGUUCAGGACGCAGUGGCCUUGCUGUCUGCUCUGACAGGCUAUUCUAACGAGAGCGGAAGAGGACGGCGGGCGCCGGAGCAGCAUCUUGAUCCAUCUCAAAUCGUGCUUGUUGGACAGUCCAUGGGAACUUUCAUCUCGACAGCCUUUUACCACGAAUGGGUAUUGAAGCUUGGCAGGGCUCCAUUCAAGGCCUUGGUGUUGAUUGCCAGCUUCACCUCGUUGCCCAAUCUUCUUGAAUCUUACUCGUUCAAGGGACUUACCCCGCCCCUGCUGUCUCCUUUGAUGGGAUACCCCCGCAUCCAAGACUACUUGCGGUCCAAGAUCGAAGACAGAUGGGACGCGAGCUCCAGGUUGGUGGAGUUGGCGAAGACGCCCGGUGUACAGCUGAACCUGGUCAUGUUACAUGCUCGUAACGACUAUGAGAUCCCAUGGCAGGAGGGCCGCGCGAACUGGGACCACGUGUUGGCAGCGGCGUCGAACGGCAAGACCGACUCGACGCGAGAUUUGAAUCAUGAGGAGUUCAGGAGCGAGGAUGGCAGCAAGCAAUUGCGGUGGGAGAGAGUGCGGCACGGAGGACACAACAGGAUCCAGACAAGUGAACAGGUCAGACUCAGCAUAUUGAGGUUAGUGGAAGGAGAAGGCACAAGCUAG